AUAAAAAUGGAAGGUUUUGCUGCGACGGCACCCAUUCUUGUGCUCCUUGCUUCCCCUUUCACUCUCUGUUUUCGUGGGCAGAUUUUCUGAAGCUUUGGAGAAAGAACCCUUCAUUUGGAUUCUCGCUUUCUUUUCCACUUGAAGCAGUUGAACUUUUAUCAAUAUUUAUCGGUAACAAUCUUUCUCUCCAAUUUUAUCAACCUUUGUGAAGAAAAUCAUGUGGAAAACUUGCGUUAUUUCGAUUGUUAGAUCCAAGUAUUGCAAGCGGUCAUUUGAUUGCCAUAAUCUUCAUAACCCACUUUUCUAUUAUAAUUAUAGAGCUUUAAUUCGUUAUCCCCUUACAAUUUUGAGUUCUCAAAUGAUUCCCGCACCAUAUUUUUCUAAGAGUUGGUUUGGGUAUGGCGUUUCAUUGAGUAAAUUUUCCUCCACUAGUGUCUCGAAUGACUUGGUGGGCGAAGAUGAAAAGAAUUUAGAUUUAAGUGUUGAUGGUGUGUAUAAAAUUGUUAUGGAAAAUGUGGGUUAUGAUAAGAAUAUGGAAAAGGCUCUUGAACGAGCUGGGAUCCCGUUAACAACUGAGUUGGUUAUGCAAACCCUUAAUAAGCUACGUUUCGAGGAGAAAAUAGCAUUUAGAUUUUUCAUGUGGGCGGCUCGCCAGGAGCAUUAUGACCAUGAAUACCAGGUUUACAAUGAAAUGAUUGAUAUAUUAUCUGUUACAAAGUUCAAGGCUAAACAAUUUAAGAUUGUUUGUGAUAUGUUGGACUACAUGAAAAGGAAUGGUAAAAGGUCGGUACCCAUUGAAGCUCUCUUGACUAUUUUGAGAAAAUACACGGAAAAGCAUCUGAGAGAUGUCAUGAAAUGUUCAAAGAAGAAAACUAGAAUUAGAGUUAAAAUGCAGCCAGAAAUCAAUUCACUUAACUUGCUACUUGAUGCUCUUUGCAAGUGUUGUUUGGUUGAGGAUGCCGAGACCUUGUUCAAUAAGGUAAAGAAUAAGAUUCUUCCUGAUGCCAAUACCUUCAAUAUAUUGUUUUUCGGAUGGUGUAGGGUCAGAAACCCUGCCAGAGGAAUGAAGACCUUGGAGGUUAUGAGUAGCAUGGGUUUUACUCCUGAUAGUUUUACCUAUAAUGCUGCAAUUGAAACCUUUUGUAAAGCAGGAAUGGUGACUAAAGCAGUUGAUCUUUUUGAGUUUAUGAAAACAAAAGCCUUUUCAUCAUCUCCUCCUACAGCAAAGACGUAUGCGAUUAUGAUUUUGGCGCUUGUUAAGAAUGAUAGAAUGGAGGACUGUUUUAGAGUUGUUGGUGAGAUGAUACAGAGUGGUUGUCUUCCAGACGUUUCCACUUACAAGGAGCUGAUUGAAGGAAUGUGCUUGGCUGGAAAGGUGGAGGAAGCAUACUCUUUUUUGGAAGAGAUGGCAAGGAAAGGUUACCCAUCAGAUAUUGUUACAUAUAAUUGCUUCCUUAAAGUUCUUUGUGAAAAUAAGAAGGCUGAUGAAGCAAUUCAGCUUUACCGCAGGAUGGUUGAUGUGGAUUGUGUGCCUAGUGUACACACUUUCAAUAUGCUGCUUGAGAUGUUCUUUGCUAUGGGCAAUUCUGAGGGAGCGCUUGAGACUUGGGAUGAAAUGGAAAAGAAAGACUGUGAGCUGGAUGUCAAUACUUAUUGUGUGAUGAUUGAAGGACUUUUUGGUUGUGACGACAUUGAAAAUGCAUGUUUUCUUUUGGAUGAUGUUGUAAAUAAGGGAAUAAAAAUACCCUAUCAGAAGUUCGAUUUAUUUUUGAGGCAUCUGUCAAUGAUUGGUGAUCUUUGUAGAAUUCAUAAUCUUUCGGAACACAUGAAAAAGUUCUACAAUCCUGUUAUGGCAAGGUAUUUUACACUAAAUCAAAAACGAAAGGGAAUGAGUUUCAGGAACAAGUGAACUCUGUUGAGUGUUUGGUUGCACCACUGAACUUUCUUCGCAAAUCUACCACCUCCUCAUGCCAUCAUGGUUACACUCAUAUCCGGAGUAAACAGCUUCUAGGCGAAAAAGAAACACUUGCUAUAUGCUUCACAGGAUGCUUUGCAACAUUGCUACGGGCUAUAACGUUUUCCUAGAAUGAGAUGUGAUUUAUCAAUUAAAUGCCUUGAGGUUAUGAUAUUGUAGCUUCUUGGUAUGAUUGUCUCCUCUUCUGGUAGGAAGGAAUCAACCACUUGUAUUCGUUUUAACACUAAUAAUUCGUAAAAUCUUGCAUCCACGCUGGCUUGAUUGUGGUUUGAUACCACUUUGAAUAUUGGAACGUUGGAGGUGUCUGUAUUCAUUACAUUGGGGGAGUUGGCAGAUUUGAAGAAGAAAAUGAAAUUUCAAAACUGACACGUCUAUCAGCCUGGCAGCUCUCUAAAAGGGACUCUAUGAAUUGCGAUUUUAGUGCUACUGCUCAUCGGCCAGAUUGGAAAAAGGUUAUUUUGAACAAAGGAGAGAAAUAACCAGGGACACUACAAGGAUAGGGAUCAAAGAUGGCAUCUUGGUUUUAAUGGAGGUUAAUCUAGUGGGCGCCUUACUAAAUUUAAUUAUGUAGUAUGUCUUAUAAUCAUUUUCCCCUGGGUUGAAUUCUUUGUAGUUGAAAAGUUCUGUCAGUCACUGUUAAGUAUAGACGCGUGUUCUGCUCUUAUAUUUUGCUAUAUAGUUUGCAGCUAUGUAUAUCUCCUUAAGAAAGAUGAACUAGAGAUAUCUCUGUCUCCACUUGAUCCAGACAAUUGGGGUACAUCAUAAAUAAAUGACGAUAAGCCACAGUAGUGGACAUGUUAGCCAUCUAUAUAUACAUUAUAUGUAGGGACUUAGGGCAAUAACUAUGGCGUUCAUAACGUGAAUGCAAUUGCCUUUGCCCUUUUGUUCAGAGAGCUGAGGAUUGAUGCUUAAAUUCGUAGUAUAAACUUAUGGGAAGAUUUCACUGAGGUGGCUUGAGAAUUACCCUUGCUACGUUGAGGUAGUCUCACCUUCAAUAGUUACAGUGAGGUAGCCUCACAAAAAACUUUUGACUUGCUUCUUUUCUGGCUAUAUAUAGUAGAUUACUUAAGUAACCCCUACAAGAACCAAAAGUUUAAGUUCUUUAAAUGUGGGCAAAGGAUGCUAUUGUUAGUUACCAUUGAAAUGGUGGAAUGGGAGAUUUUUGCUGUUUAAAGGUUAUAGGUCUAUAUGGACUACUAAUGUAAACCUCUAUAGUAACUACUCAAAAUUCACGGUUCACUACACUUACUCUUGUAGUUUAGCUUAAUGUGUUCCUUUUUUCCUUUUUUUUUUUUUUUUGCCAAUAGGGGAAGGAGAACAGUAAAAAUACUAAGAGAGAAAAAUUGAGUCAAUUGCGAACAAGUUUGAGCACAGAGUUUAGCUUAAUUUGAAGGAUUAUAGUAGUUCAUAUAAAUAUGAUUAUAUUUAUCUUCAAUCUUGCGGAGGGUUGAUUUGGCAUUUUCACCUGUUUUUUAAAUUUAAAGAUUAGAGUUGCAAUUGAUGUUGUAUCUUUGGGACAUGAGAAGUUUUUAUCUUCAGGUUUUGCAGUGCCUCGAUUUUUCAUUUAUUUCUCUCUCUUUAUGAUUUUCUCCUCACUUCUAGCACAUUCUUUUUUAUUGUUCGAAUUGAGGUAACGAAUUGGCCAAUUUUUCUCUUUUUGGUCCAAAUAAUUAAAAAUACUUCAUUAAAAUCAAAGGAGGUUUCAAAAAAAAUAAAAAAAUAUAUUCAGAAUAGGAAUAAUUGACCUAGAUGAUCCCAACUUCCAGUCAUCUUCUCAAGAUAAUCUCAACUUUGAUUAUCUUGGAAUAAUCCCAACUUUGCAUAUAGGUUCUCAUAAUAGUCCAAACUAUCACUUUUCAUAUACACAAUAGAUCCAAAAUGGUUUAGCGGUGAUAAGAAAGAUAAGAGUUCUAAUUAAUUUCAUAAGCAACCCCCUAAAGUUGAGAUUAUUCUAAAAUAAGUCAAGUUGGGAUUAUAUUGAGAAGGCGGGUGAAAGUUGAGAUUAUCCAUGUCAAGUUUUCCUUCAAAAUAAGGAAAAAUGGAUGAAAAUAAUCUCAACCAUAGCUCGUCUUCUUUUAAUAAUCCCAAUUAUGAAAUAUUUUAUAAUUAUCGUGACUAUACAAGAUGCCUUCCUGAAAUGUUUCAGUGUGACUUCUGACCGGCAUAACAUGUUAAUCUCUUGGAAAAUUUUACAAGGGCAGUCCAAACUACGACCCCCUUCCAUAAAAGGUCCCAACUUUCCAAUACUCCACAAGGGUCCCAACUUUCAUAUGCAUUUGACACGCGUGGUCCUUGUAGGUAAUUCACCUGCUGGAGCCAAUGAACUUGUCACGUGAGGUGAUAGUUGACUCACAUGAAAAAACCACAUUUUCCUUUCCACCACCGCCUUCCUCCCCCCCUGGAAACUGCCACCAGCAGCUACCCCCUCCCUUGCCACAUAGAAAUUAAUACCAGCAAAAAUCCUUCACUAAUCACCUUUCAAACUUCUUAAAUUAUCAAAUUACAGUACUGCAAAGAGCAAUAGGCUCAAUUCCCUCAUAAAAUCACUUUAAAGAUUGGAGAUUGAUAGAAUACAAUGUAAUGUCACAUAUCAGCAUUCAUUAUGAGAUAUAGAGGAGACAAUGUGACUAGUAAUGAAGCAGGCGAAAUUCGAACCGAAUUGAAGAUACCCAGAAAUUUCAGAAUAACGCCCAGAUAAUUUUCAGCAAUUCCUGGUAUUAGGUAGUUCUGGAAUUGAUCCUUAACAUUUAGUAUGAGAUACAGAAGAGAGAGAGAGAAGUUCCUUACAUUAUGGCCUUGUUAUGAUCCCUUCUCUAAGUUUUUUGUCCUUAAUCUUGAUUUCUUCUUCGUAACUCCUUUUGAAGCAUUAUAUCGUAUUUGAUGUGUCUUUGUACCAAUUCCCCUU